CUGUUGAAGGAAAGGGGGUUCAUAAUGCUCUGUUUCUGCAAGAAUCCUGCAAAAGAGGAACUGACUUCAUUUUAGAUGCGAAAACUCGCCGAGCUGUGGAAUCAAGCCACGUGAGUGACUGCACAGCCCUUGCCCUUUUCACCUCUCACUUGGGAUUCUAACAUUCCCUUCUGUGACGCGGAGAUCGCAGGCUCCCGGGGAUCCAUCCUGCAGCCUGGUAGUGGAAAGCCGCGCGCGCGCCUGCCGGAAGCCCGGACGCCGGCGCGCAGGAGCCCCGCCCUCCUGGGCGAGGUCCCCGGCGGGAGGCGGGUCCGGGGCGGGGCCUGCAGCCGCGGGAAUCCCAAACCCGCCCCUUUCCCCACCUCUGUUUCUCGCCAUGGCCCCUGCACUGCUCCUCGUCCCUGCUGCCCUCGCCUCUUUCAUCCUGGCCUUUGGCACCGGAGUGGAGUUCGUGCGCUUUACCUCCCUUCGGCCACUUCUUGGAGGGAUCCCGGAGUCUGGUGGUCCGGAUGCUCGCCAGGGCUGGCUGGCUGCCCUGCAGGACCAAAGCAUCUUGGUCCCUCUGGCUUGGGAUCUGGGGCUCCUGCUACUAUUUGUGGGGCAGCACAGCCUCAUGGCAACUGAGACAGUGAAAGCAUGGAUGUCCCGGUACUUUGGGGUCCUUCAGAGGUCACUGUACGUGGCAUGCACUGCCCUGGCCUUGCAGCUGGUGAUGCGGUACUGGGAUCCCGUACCCAGGGGCCCGGUGUUGUGGGAGGCUCAAGCCGAGCCAUGGGCCACCUGGGUGCCCCUCCUCUGCUUUGUGCUCCACGUCAUUUCCUGGCUCCUCAUCUUCAGCAUCCUUCUCGUCUUUGACUACGCAGAGCUCAUGGGCCUCAAACAGGUGUAUUACCACGUGCUGGGGCUGGGUGAGCCCCUGGCCCUGAAGUCUCCCCGAGCUCUGAGACUCUUCUCUCACCUGCGCCACCCCGUGUGUGUGGAGCUGCUGACAGUGCUCUGGGUGGUGCCCACUCUGGGCACUGACCGCCUCCUUCUUGCUCUCCUCCUUACCCUCUACCUGGGCCUGGCUCACGGACUUGACCAGCAAGACCUCCGCUACCUCCGGGCCCAGCUGCAAAGAAAACUCCACCUGCUCUCCCGGCCCCAGGAUGGGGAGGCCGAGUGAGAAGCUAACCCUGGUUCCAAGCCCUACACUUCCUCUCCCUCCAAUUCCAAACCCCUUCUCAUCCAGGCCCUGCCUGCUUCAGACCAGAGACCCAAAUCCAAGGACUGAAGGACUUGUCCCUUCCCCUGCUUAAGCCUCUCCUUCUUGGGUCCAGCUCUAGACCCUAAAUUGAGUUUCAGCUACUGGACUCCAAGGUCCACUUCUCACCAGCCAGGAAGAGGGAGUGGGAAACUUUAUCUUUCUCCUCAUAGUUUAGGGCUUGGCCCUCCGUUUACAACCUCCUUACAAGGAGAAGGGUCUGGCCUGACCAAUCCCCUGGCCCUGUUACUCGCCUCUGCGCCUCAGGGAUUCUCUUCCCACGUCUUGCUCCACCUCCUAGAAGCUGGACCAAGGUCUGCAAGUUUGACAAUAGAGGCUGCCCCCCACCCCCCCACCCCAGGCUCCAGGCCUUGCAGCUGCAGGCCAGCCCCACCGCCUGGCCUCUCCAGCUCCAUAGGCCCUUGCCCUUGGGCUCUAUCCUCGAACUUAGUUGGGCAGAUUCUCCCGCUCUUAAUUCAGGUGACUAAGUGCUCCCUGCUCUCCCGAGGAACUCGCGCUACAAGAAAAUAAAAUCCAGCCUGGUUUUUCUACAUGUA